AUGGUCUACCUGAUUGUCUACCUGAUGGUCUACCUGAUGGUCUACCUGGUGGUCUACCUGAUUGUCUACCUGAUGGUCUACCUGAUGGUCUACCUGAUUGUCUACCUGAUGGUCUACCUGAUGGUCUACCUGAUUGUCUACCUGAUGGUCUACCUGAUGGUCUACCUGGUGGUCUACCUGAUGGUCUACCUGAUUGUCUACCUGAUGGUCUACCUGAUGGUCUACCUGAUGGUCUACCUGAUGGUCUACCUGAUGGUCUACCUGAUGGUCUACCUGAUCGUCUACCUGAUGGUCUACCUGAUGGUCUACCUGAUCGUCUACCUGAUCGUCUACCUGAUCGUCUACCUGAUGGUCUACCUGAUGGUCUACCUGAUGGUCUACCUGAUCGUCUACCUGAUGGUCUACCUGAUGGUCUACCUGAUUGUCUACCUGAUGGUCUACCUGAUCGUCUACCUGAUUGUCUACCUGAUGGUCUACCUGGUGGUCUACCUGCAGACGUCUGCUUCCCAUCAACAACGCUGCAGCAGAGGGUCCGUUCCCCUUUCAUCGCUGAAGGAAACGCCCGCUGGACGAACAGAUGAUCAGAGGAUCUCUCCUGCUCCGUCUGCCGUCUUCAAGGAUCCGGUUGUCCUGUCCUGUAGCCACAGCUUCUGUAAAGACUGUCUGAAGAGAUGGUGGAGAGAGAAACCAACUCAGGAGUGUCCAGUUUGUAACAGAAGAUCAAGGAGUCCACCUCGUAACCUGGUUUUAAAGAACCUGUGUGAGUCCUUCUUAGAGGAGAGCGACCAGAGAGCUCCAGAGACUCUCUGCAGUCUGCACUCUGAGAAACUCAAACUCUUCUGUCUGGACCAUCAGCAGCCGGUGUGUGUCGUCUGCAGAGAUUCAGAGAAACACACCGACCACAGAUUCAAACCCAUCGAUGAAGCUGCAGAGGAUCUCAAAAAAGAGCUCCAGAAGUCCCUGAAGCCCUUAAAGGAGAAACUGAAGGUUUUAGAACAAGUCAAAGGAAACUGUGAUCAAACAGCAGAACACAUGAAGGUCCAGGUCCAACACACAGAGAGACAGAUUCAGGAUCAGUUUAAGAAGCUUCGCCAGUUUCUAGAGGAGGAAGAGGAGGCCAGGAUCUCUGCUCUGAGGGAGGAAGAGGAGCAGAAGAGUGGGGUGAUGAAGGAGAAGAUGGAGGCUCUGAGCAGAGGGAUAGCAGCUCUUUCAGACACAGUCAGAGCCACAGAGGACGAGCUGAGAGCUGAAGACGUCUCGUUCCUCAACAACUACAAGGCUGCAGUGGAAAGAGUCCAGCAGCGCCCCCUGCUGGAGGAUCCACAGCUGCUCUCAGGAGCUCUGAUAGACGAGGCCAAACACCUGGGCAACCUGACCUUCAACAUCUGGAGCAAGAUGAAGGACCUGGUCUCCUACGCUCCUGUGGUUCUGGACCCAAACACUGCUCAUCCAGGACUCCUCCUGUCUGAAGACCUGACCAGUGUGACAUGUGGACAGAGACAGAAGCUUCCUGAUAAUCCAGAGAGGAUGUUUCCAUACUUUAACACUUGGAAUAAACUCCCACUGAAGAUAUUACAGGGCAAGAUUUACGACACGAAAGAAAAGCUCUGAAUAGAAAUGAUGAACAGAGUCUCAGCAAUAUUUAAUAAAUAACAAUACAUGUGUUUUUAAAUCAUUAUCAUCCCGGGGAAUUUGUUUUUGAGUCAAACCGAUGAAUUUCAUAAAGGGUUACAAACCAAAAAAGGUUUAACAAUGUGCCCGUUUUUAUAAAACGUAUCACGUGUUUUUAUCAUUUUAUUCACAUGAAAAUGAACUCAGUCGGAUAAACGUGGUGUAAAAGGACAAUAUUUCACUGAGUUGAGUAGAAGUAUAGAGAAUGUAAAUACUCAAAGGUGAAUAAACUUAGUACCUUUUCCUACACUGUUGGGAUUGUAUCUCAGAAUUGCUCCUUUUAUUGAUUUAAAAUGUACAGAUUGAACUGUAUAGGUCAGUCUGCUGUUAUUGCAUCACAUGACCACGUGAGGGCGCCCCACACUCUUUAUUAAUUUAAACGUCGAUAUAAGCC